CGCCGUUAAAAACAAAGAAGAAGAAGAAGAUAAACGCCAUUAGACCUCAGAAGAAGAAGAAGAAGAUUAGUUUCACCGCGCUCUCUGCUGUUUUGUCGUGGUGAUAGUUUAAUACAAACUGUUAGAAAUGUUGUUUCUGUAAGUGGAAAAAUAAAGUUUUUGGAUCAGGUCAUUAAACGCCUGUAAUAUUCUCAUCAUCACAGUCGUGACUAAGUUUUGAAUCAAGCAGGAAAUUCUGGAGGAAUAUUAGCUGAACUGAGAUCUGCUGUGAAUAUGGAGUUUGUUAAAGAGGAGAGUGAGGAAAACACGAGUGAAAUAAAACAAGAGGAACCAGAAACCUGGAAAAUACAACACAUGGGACCAGAAACCUGGAAAAUAAAAGAAGAGGAACCAGAAACCUGGAGAAUAAAAGAAGAGGAACCAGAAACCUGCAGAACAAAACACGAAGAACUAGAAAUAUUAAGAAUAAAACAGGAGGAACCAGAAUCCUGCAGAAUAAAACACGAGGAACCAGAAAUAUUGAGAAUAAAACACGAGGAAUCCGAAACCUGCAGAAUAAAACACGAGGAACAAGGAGAGUUCAUCGAAGAGAAAGAGGAGUAUGAAGAAUCAAGUGAAGUUGAGGAGAAAAAUCAUAUCAAAACUGGAGGAAAACCUUUGAAAGAUCUAAAGAAAAAAAGAGUCAAGAAAUCUUUCACCUGCACUCAGUGUGGAAAGAGUUUCACACACAAAGCAAGUUAUGGGCGUCACAUGAGAAUUCAUAUUGUAGAGAAACCUUUCACUUGUGAUCAGUGCGGGAAGAGUUUCAAACAAUCAGCAAACCUUAAGAGACACAUGAAGAUCCACACUGGAGAGAAACCGUACACAUGUGAUCAAUGUGGUGAAAUGUUUUUAUGGGCUUCACGUCUUAAGAAACACUAUAAAUUUCAUUCAAAGGAAAAACCACAUUCAUGUUAUUUGUGUGGUAAGAGUUUUUGGAAUCUACAAAGUUUGAAAGUACAUCAGAAAGUACAUACUAGUGUGAGAGAGUACAUGUGCUUUGAGUGUAAAAAGACAUUUAGUUCAGUGAGCAAUUUAAAACAGCACGAGAGGAUCCACACUGGAGAGAAACCUUAUAAGUGUUCACAAUGUGACCAGAGAUUUAAACAAUCAACACAUCUGAAAACACAUGAGAGGAUCCACACUGGAGAGAAACCAUAUAAGUGUUCACACUGUGACAAGAGAUUCAGAAAUUCAUCACGUCUGAAACUACAUGAGAGGAUCCACACUGGAGAGAAACCAUAUAAAUGUUCACACUGUGACAAGAGAUUCAGAGAUUCAUCAAGUCUGAAAACACAUGAGAGGAUUCACUCUGGAGAGAAACCUUAUAAGUGUUCACACUGUGACCAGAGAUUUAAUCAAUCAGCACAUCUGAAAACACAUGAGAGGAUCCACACUGGAGAGAAACCAAAUAAGUGUUCACACUGUGACAAGAGAUUCAGAGAUUCAUCAAAUCUGAAAACACAUGAGAGGAUCCACACUGGAGAGAAACCGUAUAAAUGUUCACACUGUGACAAGAGAUUCAGAGAUUCAUCAAGUCUCAUAACACAUGAGAGGAUCCACACAGGAGAGAAACCGUAUAAAUGUUCACACUGUGACAAGAGAUUCAGAGAUUUAUCAAGUCUGAUAACACAUGAGAAGAUUAACUCUGGAGAGAAACCUUAUAAGUGUUCACACUGUGACCAGAGAUUUAAUCAAUCAACACAUCUGAAAACACAUGAGAGGAUCCACACUGGAGAGAAACCAUAUAAGUGUUCACAAUGUGACAAGAGAUUCAGAGAUUCAUCAAGUCUGAUAACACAUGAGAGGAUCCACACAGGAGAGAAACCGUAUAAAUGUUCACACUGUGACAAGAGAUUCAGAGAUUCAUCAAGUCUGAUAACACAUGAGAAGAUCCACACAGGAGAGAAACCGUAUAAAUGUUCACACUGUGACAAGAGAUUCAGAGAUUCAUCAAGUCUUAAAAUACAUGAGAGGAUUCACUCUGGAGAGAAACCUUAUAAGUGUUCACAGUGUGACCAGAGAUUUAAUCAAUCAACACAUCUGAAAACACAUGAGAGGAUCCACACUGGAGAGAAACCAAAUAAGUGUUCACACUGUGACAAGAGAUUCAGUGAUCCAUCAAAUCUGAAAACACAUGAGAGGAUCCACACUGGAGAGAAACCGUAUAAAUGUUCACACUGUGACAAGAGAUUCAUUGUUUCAUCACAUCUGAAAAGACAUGAGAGGAUCCACACUGGAGAGAAACCGUUUUAAUGCACUGUACGUGGCAAGUGUUUCAUUCAGUCAUCUGUUAUACACAGUUAUACAAAAAACAAUCACAGUCCUGUCCAAAUGGAGACAUGUUUAGCUGUAUUUGUAAAUAUUUUGUAUGGUAUAUGUGUUUCGUCCAGGCGGAUCCGGCAUUUUUGUAGUGAAAUCACUUUUUUGUUUUUUAAACCGGGUCCCAGAGUGGCUGGAUCUAAAAGCUACACCUUUGCAUUUUCGUGUGUACAGCCAAUCUGUAUAUUUUAUGAAAUAAUGUCAUGGAAGAUUAUGUGACCCUUCGGCAGCAAUGCACGCAUAGUCCUUUGGUCUGCUCACUUUGUCAGAAAUUAUAUAUAUCCUGUCAGUAAAUUGUGAACAACUAGCCACAGUCAAGGAUGUUCGGGAAAGACAGAUUGAACAAUCACCAAUAAAGAAAAAAAUGAAAGAUUCUGCCAUUUACUGAGGAACUAUAGCUAACGGUAUCAAGCUAGUGCUCAAAGAGCAACAAAGUGCUCUCGAGUCAUGUCUUCGACUGUAUGAGAAGUAGUGUUGUCAAAAGACCCGGUACUUCGGUACCAAGUCGGUACUAAAAAAAUGUAAAUGUGACGGUGCCAGGUUUCUUUAAGUACCGGUAGUACCGAGGUCUCGUUCAAACACGGUUCAGCGCUAUGAUUUCCGCGAAGCAGAAAACGAGGACGGAAUCUCAAAAUCCAGUCAUGAAAAUUAAACUUACAUUUUAAUAUGGACAGUCGUGGAAUUUGUCAAAGUUAGUAUAAAUUAAUCAAAUCAAAUCUCCAUAUGGACCAGUAUCUGUAAAUGUUAAGCCGCAAAAGUUGUUUGAAAUAUGAAUCCAUGUUCUCCAAAUCAGUUUGACCGAAGGCAGAAACGUGAUUAAUAUUCAUGAACCCAGCAGCUCAUCAAUUCAUAGUGCUUUGUAUAUAUAUUAGUAUGAUAGUAGAAUUAGUAGUAAUGUUAUCUUUUAAUAAUAAUUAAUAUGAUCUAUUACUAUUUUUUUUUUACAGAAACCCUCAGUGACCAAAAAUAUCUUAAUAUGUUUAAUAAAAACAUAAACAUAAAUUAAUUGGAUGAUUUAAUUGGACAACUUAAAUCAUGACAUUAUAAUAACAAACAAUAAGUAUCAAACUUACUUUAUUUCAGAUCAUUAAUUAGGUUAUAGCAAAUAUGUUUAAAUUUCGUAGUAGAGUUAUGUUUAAAUGUUCUCUGAAAGGUUUGAGAUGUUCCUCAAUGAACAGCCGUUGCAUGGCAUGCUCGUCCCAAAAGGGUGUGGAGGAGAAAUGUGACAUGUCCAUUUAAAGUAAUUCUUCUCCGGACUGGUGUUGAUCGGUUAUCUUCUUUUGAGAGAUGCCAUUGCCAGUCAGAGACUUGUUGUACAGAGAGAGCAGAGUGAGACACAGUUUGCAGAAAUUCUCAGAAGCACGUUUCCACAGCUUCAAGGGAGAGAGUUUGAAUUGUGCAGGGUUGAUGCACAGAGGUAGGUUUCACGUUUGAGUUACAUUUACAUUUACAUUUAAUCAUUUAGUGGACGCUUUUAUCCAAAGCGAUUUACAAAUGAGAACAAUAGAAGCAGUCAGGUCAACAAGAGAACAACAACAGUAUACAAGUGCCAUGACAAGUCUCAGUUAGUCUAGUAUAGAACGCAUAGCCAGGUAGGUUUUUUUUUUUUUUUUUAUUAAAUGAAAAAGACAAGAAAAGGAAAAGUACUUGUGUUAGUAGGUUAAGUGCAGGCGAAAAAGAUGAGUCUUUAGAUGUUUCUUGAAAAUGAGUAAAGACUCAGCUAUACGAAUUGAGAUUGGGAGGUCAUUCCACCAGCUGGGAACAGUCCAGGAAAAGGUCCGUGAGAGUGAUUUAGAAUUUCUUUGGGAUGGCACCACAUGGCGUUGUUCACUUGCAGAGCGCAAACUUCUGGAGGGCACAUAGGAUUUAACCAGUGAGUUUAGGUAAGUUGGUGCCGUGCCAGUGGUCGUCUUGUAGGCAAGCAUCAGUACCUUGAAUUUGAUGCGAGCGGCUACUGGUAGCCAGUGUAACCUGAUGAGGAGAGGAGUAACAUGAGCUUUUUUUGGCUCAUUGAAGACAACCCUCGCUGCUGCAUUCUGGAUAAUUUGCAGAGGUUUGACAGUACAUGCAGGAAGGCCCGCCAGGAGAGCAUUACAAUAGUCCAGUCUGGAGAGAACAAAAUCUUGGACAAGAAGUUGGGUUGCUUGCUCUGACAGGAAGGGUCUAAUCUUCCUAAUGUUGUAUAAGGCAAACCUGCAGGACCGGGUCGUUGUAGCAAUGUGGUCAGUGAAGCUUAAUUGAUGAUCCAUCACAACUCCUAGGUUUCUGGCUGUCCUCGAAGGAGUUAUGGUUGACGAGCCCAGCUGUAUAGAGAAGUUGUGAUGAAUCAAUGGGUUAGCUGGAAUCACCAGGAGUUCAGUCUUUGUAAGGUUAAGCUGGAGGUGAUGGUCAUUCAUCCAGCUAGAAAUGUCACUCAGACAGGCUGAAAUGCGAGCAGCUACCGUCGGGUCAUCUGGCUGGAAUGAGAAGUAGAGUUGGGUGUCAUCAGCAUAGCAGUGAUAAGAAAAGCCAUGCUUCUGAAUGACAGAUCCUAAAGAUGUCAUGUAGAUGGAGAAGAGAAGUGGUCCAAGUACUGAGCCUUGAGGAACCCCAGUAGCAGGGUGGUGUGACUUUGAAACAUCACCCCUCGAAAGACACACUGAAGGAUCUGUCAGAGAGGUAGGACUUAACCCACAGGAGAGCAGUUCCAGAGAUGCCCAUCGUUCUGAGGGUGGACAGGAGAAUCUGGUGAUUAACAGUGUCAAAAGCAGCAGACAGGUCCAGUAAGGUUGUUCUGUCCAAGGAACAUAGAAAGCUGGUUGAACACAGCUCGCUCAAGUGUCUUUGCAAUGAAUGGAAGAAGGGAUACCGGUCUGUAGUUUUCAAGAAGUGCUGGAUUUAGAGAUGGUUUCUUGAGCAGUGGGCUUACCCGAGCCUGCUUGAAUUUUAAGGGAAAUGUUCCAGAGUGAAGAGAGGAGUUGAUAAUGUGAGUAAGUGAAGGUAUGACUGAAGAAGAGAUCGCUUGAAGGAGGUGAGUGGGGAUAGGAUCAAGUGGACAAGUAGUAGGAUGAUUGGACAGGAGAAUUUUUCUAGUCGUCCAUCUCUGAGAGUGGGGAGGAGGAGGAUAAAGAGUGUGUAUCAGUCAUUGUAAAGUUGUCCUCAGUCUGCGGUGUGGAGAAUUGGUCACUGAUGGAUCUUGUCUUAUUUGUGAAGAAAGCUGCAAAGUCGUCCGCUGUAAGAGUUGAUGGAGGAGGUGGAGGCGGCGGAUUAAGAAGAGAAGAGAAAGUCUUGAAGAGUGUCCGAACGUCACAGCAGCUGUUAAUUUUGUUGUGGUAGUAGGAUGUUUUAGCUGUGAAGACAUUUGCAGAGAAGGAAGAGAGGAGAGAUUGAUACACACUGAGGUCCGUAGAGUUUUUUGAUUUCUGCCAUUUCCUCUCUGCAGCCCUGAGUGUAGAGCGAUGUUCACGGAGAACCUCGGACAGCCAGGGGGCAGAUGGGGCAGUGCGUGCUGGUCUAGACAACAGUGGGCAAAAGUUGUCCAAGCAAGAUGUUAAAGUGGAGCAAAGAGUGUCCGUAGCACUGUUCGUGUCCAGAGCAGAAAACUGAGAGAGUGGUGGAAGAGAGGAUGAAACCACAGCAGAUAGGCGAGAUGGAGAGAGUGAGCGUAGGUUCCGUCGAAAGGUGACCUGCGUUGGAGUGUGUGCCACUUCAGGAGUAAGUGCUAGGUUAGCAGUAAUGAGGAAGUGAUCAGAGGUGUGCAGUGGAGCAACUGAAGAGGUGUCCACAGAGCAACAGCGUGUGUAGAUGAGGUCCAGUUAGUUGCCCGAUUUGUGAGUCGUUGUAGUAGACACUAGCUUGAGGUCAAAUGAGGUGAGCAGAGUUUUGAAGUCAGCAGCCUGGGGUUUAUCUAGGUGGAUGUUGAAGUCACCAAGCAGUACCAGAGGAGUACCAUCUUCAGGAAAGUUUGAUAGCAGCACAUCCAACUCCUCCAAGAAGUUUCCCAGAUGAUCUGGGGGACGAUAAAUGACCACAAAGUGGAUUUUAACAGGGUGGGUUACAGUAAUGGCAUGUGAUUCAAAUGAACCAGUACCUGUAGGUGAUGGCUGAAGAUCAAAUUUCCAUUCUUUGGAUAUAAGGAGACCCGUACCUCCACCCCUCCCAGUGGUACGAGGAGUGUGGGAACAAGUGAAAUUAGUGGAGAGGGCUGCAGGGGUGGCAGUAUCUUCAGGUUUGAUCCAAGUCUCUGUCAGUGCCAUGAGGUUGAGACCGGAAUGAGUAGCAAUAGAAGAAAUGAAGUCUGCUUUGUUAACUGCAGACUGGCAGUUCCAGAGACCAACUGGAAUAGAGAGCAUAGUAGUAGAGGUCAGAGGGACAUGGCGUAGGUUUGUCAGACAGGCCUUCCUGCGACGUACAUAGCGUGCUCUCCGAGUGUUAGUAGUGAUAGUAGAGAUCUGAAAGCACAUAGUCACUACAAGUGUAAGAUAUUUGAGAGGCUAUACAAAAAGAAAGAGAAAAGCAAUACUCAAGUGCCCUGUCGUUGUCCUUGCUCGGUGGAGUCGCGCAGGUAGAGUCGAUUGUCUUUACACUCGUCGGUCUUCACACGAGGAGGCUUCACACGAGGGUUGCCACGACCGCUGCCACGGUGAAACCUAGUGCUUUGUAUUAGCCUGAUUACCUGUGAUUGAAGUCAGCUGGACAUGCCUCGCUAUUUAGCAGAUCGAAACCAGGCAGUCCCGCGAUAGGCAAACGCAAAACCAAGCGCCACUUUCAGCACGUAUUAACCAGGGUAAGACACUCACAAUUUAAACCCUAAAACUUUCCUAGCAAUGAUGAUCACACACUAGUCUGAUGAGAAAACGAGACAAAAUACUCUCAAGCUGCUGUCCUUCUAUGUUGCUCGACUGUUUCUUCUGACAAGUGCUUUCCAGACAGCUAAUUAAGUACUUUCACUGGCUUUGGCCACGCCUCGGUAUUUAGCAGAUCGAAACCAGGCAGUCCCGCGAUAGGCAAACGCAAAACCAAGCGCCACUUUCAGCACGUAUUAACCAGGGUAAGACACACACAAUUUAAACCCUAAAACUUUCCUAGCAAUGAUGAUCACACACUAGUCUGAUGAGAAAACAAGACAAAACACUCACAAGCCUGCUGUCCUUCUAUGUUGCUAAACUGUUUCUUCUGACAAGUGCUUUCCAAACAGCUAAUUAAGUACUUUCACUGGCUUUGGCCACGCCUUGCUAUUUAGCAGAUCGAAACCAGGCAGUCCAGCGAUAGGCAAAUGCAAAACCAAGAGCCACUUUCAGCACGUAUUAACCAGGUUAAGACACACACAAUUUAAACCCUAAAACUUUCCUAGCAAUGAUGAUCACACACUAGUCUGAUGAGAAAACAAGACAAAACACUCACAAGCUGCUGUCUUUCUAUGUUGCUCAACUGUUUCUUCUGUAAAUGUAAUGUAAAUGUAAAUGGAUAGUGCCUUUCGAUGGCACGUCAACCCCAAACAGAGAGAAGUGAAUGUGCUCCUGAACCAACUCAUCAGCGAGUCAAGCCAAGUCUACAGACCUAAAGACAUUGUCAGUGUCAGGAUGUGGAAAAGCAACACCCACACCAAGACACACAUUCCAGAUGUGGUGGCCUACCGCGACAGCGACACACAGCUGUACCUGGCCACAAACAUGCACAUGUGUACUUUGACCAAAGACAUUCAUUAUCUCUGCCUUAGCAAACCCUUCCUCAGACACAACGCUGAAGGAAUCUGUGAGCUGCAACCCUGGGUCAGCGAUACGCGCUGCCCUAACGAAGCCAAGCCUCGUACACAAGUCACAGAAACGGAAGCAGAGAUUGUGGGUAACAGAUGGCUCGUCAACACUCCUGUGCGCUCAGCUACACUGACCUAUGACCAGCAUGACACCGCCACCCGUGCCAAGCUGCUUGACCAAGUACUGAAAGCUACCACCCAACACAUUGACAUUACUCCUGUUGACACAGCCCUCCAAGCACUGUCUCGACAGCCCGUUUCUGAACCCGUCAUCUGCGGUCCGAGCCUGGACUGCUGCCGACACUGCACGGUGCAUCUCCACCGUCAUGGGUCCCGCCCUGACUCUUGGCGUGACCUUCAUCCUAUACAGGAUACUCAACGAGACGCAAACCUCUACCGCCAAACCCACGACAACUGUGACUGGAGAUCGCCGAUGGAAUCCCCGGAAAGGGGGUGCCAAGUCAAAGACAACACCAAACCUCAUCAAGCUGAAUCCUCAGCUCCAGGAACCACCUGUCAUCUUGAACCACCUGCCAUCAUGAUCCACCUGCUACAUGACCAUCACGAUUCACCUGUCAUCUGCCCAUCCUGAUGAUUGCCGUCCGAUGAUGUCCACACAGGGACUUCAUCUGACGAAAGGGGGAUGUGUAACGCAUAUGCAGGUCAUCGAUUCAUGGGUUAAAUUCAGGCAUACAAAUGAAACCCUUUUUGCACUAAAAGCCUGGCCUGGCGCCAGCCUGGCUGGACUUAAAUUAUUUUAUGAUACCCAUGCGAGCCUCAAAGGAGACCUGAAAACCCCCCAAAUUCCUUAACACACACACACGCAAAACGAAACCUUUCUUAAAGUUCCUUACUUUUGUAAGUCCUUAUUAAUAUGUAUUUUGAAUGUUUGUGUAUUGCAUAAAAAUGGUUAAUCCUGGGUAAAUGGUUAAAGUGCUGACUUAUAAGUGGAAAUGUUCUCCUCAGUCUAACUCUUUCUCAAAUAGUCAUGUUUAUGUAACCCCCACCUGCUUUGCAGCUCAUAUAAACUUUAUGACCCCCCUGGGCAACAGGACAGGAGAGAAGCCAGGUCACUGGUUUAUUUUCCCAAUGCAUUCUAAACCAUUACCUUUUUGUUUUUAUGUUUUAUAAAUGUAUUACGUAUUUCUUUUUGGUACAUUAGAUGUUUCCCAUAUAAAUUGUGACUAUCUGCAAUUUAUUAGCAUGUGUUAAUGUUUAAAUGUGUGUAAUUCUGCAUUUGAAUGUAACUUUGUGUUUCUAUCAGUUAUAUAUAUGUACUGUUUGGUGUUCUUGUAAUCGUCAUGCUUUGACAGACCCACUUAUCUAAAGCAAAGUAAUGAAAAAUUUUUUAUUCUGGAAUUACGAACUUGCUAGAAUAUCCCUGAUGAAAUCUGACAAGCCCUAAAUCAUUAGGGUGGGUGUUUCCACAGAGACAAAGGAACUUUCCCUCCGCUUCAGAUCGCGGACGUUCAUUGGUUGUUCAUGCGAAAAGAGGCGUGAACCAUCCCAAGCCAUAAGAACCGACCAAACAAGGUCCGCCCUCUCUCUUCACUUCUUCCUCUCUUCGUUCUUGGACACGCUGCUCUCCUGUGCGACCCUCGUCUGGGCCAUGUAAGUAUCGUUUUCUAUGGAGAUUUAAAUGCUGCUUUAAAGUGUUGCUAUGAUUUGAUCCGUUGUUGGCUGAGAAGGGUUACUGACUGAUUUCCAUAUCUGAGCUCAUUCUGUGACCUCAUUCAUUUCUCUCUCUCUCUCUUUUAUUUGGAUUCCGUUAUGUCUUGUAAAAAGUUUACUGUCUGUAUUGUCGUACGCAUAUUUACUCUGUGUGAUUUGUAGUUUCGAUGUAUUAUUAGUAAUUAUUAAAACCCAUAUAUUCAUGA